UUUAAUUAAAGUUUAGGGCAGAAUGCAGUAUUUGUGUCCGAUACUGUUGGUAUAUUCUGUGCGGUGCUCAUAUACAAUACUCUCUAUAUCUCAUUGGAAGUGAAAGCCACUCAUAAACCUCCAACGUCUGCCAUCCUUGAGAGACAAAGAGGAAACUACACCCAAUUCUAUAGAACGACUAGAAAGACGAGCCUUUUUUUUUCUUUUCACUGUGCAAUGUUUUCCAGCCUCGUUCAUGUAAUGAUGGGUGUGGUUCGGGGAGGAACUUGGCCUCUCUGAAUUCCCAGAUAUAUUUUCUUGGCGUAGAAAGUCGGCGAGAAAGUGAGACGAUCAGAGGAACGUGGUUUUGUUAGCAAGUUAUGAACUAUGUCGAGUUCCUUUGAUUGGGUCUGAUAGAUUCUGUGCUGGUUUUUCUGGUGUUAGCUUACAUGGCUCCAGUGAAAUAUAGAAGCGGCAAAUGGUUGCAUGGAAAUGUUAAUUAGAUGGAGAAUCACUCACUUUUGACAACUAAAAUUGGCAAUUUAAUCAAGCUGUGAGAAACAUGUCUGUUUGACCUCGUCUUCUUGCAGACUUCUGCUGGUGAAAUGAACUCUUUUUGUGAGGCAAAUCGUCUUUGGCAUUGGACCUACCUGACAGAAAGCUUGGCUUGAAGCAGGGCAAAUCUUCUUUGGCAAUAAAUAUUUGCUUUCUAAAAGAAGCAAAUCUUUUUGGAGGAAAAAUUGGUUAUACAUAUUUAGUCAUUAAGAUUCAGCUCUCUUGGGCAAAUCUCAUUUGGCAAAGUUACUGAAGUUUCCUCUAGUUGGGCAGUUUACCUAACAGUGAAUAACUUAGCAAAGUAGAUACUUUCAGAUUAUUUACUGAGGAUUGCAUCCUUGCUACAGGGCAGAUCUCCAUGGUAUAAAGUGUCUUUUCUCUGGCAAGCUUCACCAGUCUGCAACAAUUGUAGCCUAUAUUGAUACAUCACCUUUGCAAGUGCAAUCUUCUUUGAAGUUUCUUCUUGCAAGAGCUUCAUUCCAUCUGUUGGGCAAAUCUCCUUUGGCAUCAGGAGUCCAAGUUGACUCUAAUUAUCCCUGUGGGUUAUCAGGAGUCGUGAGCUAGCUUCCUAUAUCCCUGUAGGGCAAAUCUCCUUUGGCAUUGGGCGUCUUGAGUUGACUCCCUGUUAUCCCCUUUAAAAGCUUUCGCAUAUGAUCUCCACUUUUGGUGGCCAAGAUAUCUUGUUGGAAUAUCUCAAUUGAAGCUUGGCAUCAAUUCUUGAAAUCAGAUCAACAUCAGGAUUCAAUCUGCAGCAUUGCUACUGUAGCCUAAUCCUUUGCCAGGCCACUCUUUUUUUAUCCACUGCAGUGUGUUUUAACAUAGAAUUAUACUGGUACAGCUUUUGGAAUUUCAAAUUUCAAGUUCUACAUCAGGUAUAUGUGCUUUGUAUAAGAAAUCUGUGAAGUUCCAGAAUAGAUAGCACUUCUAGGGGGUGGAAAAGAAAGAGUACAGUUCUUAUUGUUGAAUUGGAGUGUUGAUAUAUUUUUGUAGAUGAUGGAUAUGCUCCCUAGUGAUUCUGAUUGGGAAAGUUUCAGUGACAGUGGCAGUGAGCUUGAAUUUUUGUAUGGUCGACAGGCUCAUUCCAUUUUGUUAAACUUGGAGGAGAGCAUAGGCAAAAUUGAUGAUUUCCUCUCAUUUGAGAGGGGUUUUUUACAUGGGGACAUUGUUUUUCCUGUUGAUAAUCCUUCUGGACAGAUGGGCAGAGUUGUAAAUGUUAAAAUGUUUGUUGACUUGGAAAAUGUUCAUGGAAAAGUCACAAAAGAUGUUGAUUCCAAGAAUCUUCUAAAGAUUCUCUCCAUUUCAGUGGGAGAUUACGUGGUCCAUGGGCCAUGGAUUGGAAGGGUUGAUAAAAUUGUUGACAAUAUCAUCAUCAUCUUCGAUGAUGGGACAAAGUGUGAGGUUACUGCAGAUGAAACAGAACAGCUCUUGCCUAUUUCUCCAAACAUACUUGAAGAUUCAAUAUACCCCCAUUAUCCAGGACAAAGAGUGCAGGUUAGGCAUUCUGCUGCUUCUAAGUCAGCUAGAUGGUUAUGUGGUGCUUGGAAGGAAAAUCAGGAUGUCGGGACUGUUUCUUCUGUAAAAGUAGGUCUAGUUUAUGUUAAUUGGCUUGCCUGUGCUAUUGUUGGUUGUGAUUUGAGUUUGUCUGCUCCUCAGCGUUUGCAGGAUGCAAAAAACCUGACUUUGUUGCCAGGUUUUUCACAUGAAAAUUGGCAGCUUGGUGACUGGUGUAUACUUCCUUUUGCUGAUUGUAAGGGUGUGAAGGAGCGGAUGGUUUUUGAUGCACCUGACCUUGAGCUUGUUAAAGAGCAAGUUAAGAUAGGAAAAGAGUUUAAGAGGGGAGAUUUUUGCUCAAAAUUUGAGGAAAUCUUUGUUAUUGUGAAGACAAAGACCAUCGUUGAUGUUAUGUGGCAGGAUGGUGGCUGCUCAUUGGGAUUAGAUUCACAAUCUCUGGUUCCCGUAAAUACUGUCGAUGCUCAUGAAUUCUGGCCGGGGCAGUUUGUACUUGAGCGGGGUGCUUGUGAUGACCCACACAUUACUGGAAACCAAAAAUGGGGCGUAAUAAGUGCUGUGGAUGUGAAGGAACGGACUGUAAGGGUGAAAUGGAAUCAGGCUAAUAAUGUGUGUGCCAACCAGGUGGAGGAAAUUGUGAGUGCUUAUGAGCUGGUUGAGCAUCCAGAUUACACUUAUUGUUACGGUGACAUUGUAUUUAAAAAUGUAGAACAAGACGAUACGUGUCAUCUGAACAAUGAGAUUAGCAUGAUUGAAGAUGUUGAUCUUAAAGGCAGGGACUGUAGAAGAGUUCAGAUUAAUUACCCUUAUAAUGGUUACUUGUCCUGUAUUGGCUAUGUUACUGGCCUCAAAGAUGGUGCUGUUAAGGUGACAUGGGCUUCUGGACUUGAAACCAAGGUUGAGCCAAAUAACAUUUUUCGAAUUGACAAGUAUGAAAGUUCAACAACAAAUUCUGCAAUGAAUGAGCAAAAUAUUGGUGAAAUGAAUAUGAAUCAAGAGAUGGUUGAUCUUGACAAACAAUUCUUUAGCUUGAAAGGAAAGGACUUGCUAAAUUCCAAUGGCAACAAUGAUUGCAAAAGGUACCCAUGGAAGUCUAGUCCCUUCUUUCUUCCUCAAUCCACUAUUGCUUUUUUCAAGAACAUUGCAGAAAGUGUAUUUGGGUACAUUGGUUCUACAUCACUAUCUAGCCCAUUAUCAUCUGGAUCUUUUCCUAAAGAUGAUAAUCAAUCUCAGACUCAUGAAGAGAGAGGAAUACUGGAAAACUGUGAUCUCUGCACAGAGAUGCAACCUUUGAUACCAGGUGAAAUGCAGGUAUUUGAAAAGACAAGUUUAAAGCCGGAAGCCAACCAUAUUCAGGAGAAUAAAGAACUUCAAUCUUUACACACCAACAAGAAUGUAGAAAAGUUCAUGCAAUUUGAAAUGGUUAGUGAUUGCACUGACCACCACUUUAUUGGGGGUGCGGGCAGGGGAUUGGCAUUAUCUCAGGUGAAAAGAAGUUGGUUGAAGAAGGUCCAAGAAGAAUGGAGUAACCUAGAUAAAGAUCUUCCUGAAUCAAUAUAUGUCCGCAUCUACGAGGACAGGAUGGAUCUCCUUCGAGCAGCCAUUGUUGGUGCGCCUGGAACUCCAUAUCAUGAUGGGCUGUUCUUCUUUGAUAUUUACCUUCCUCCAGAGUAUCCUCAUGAAACACCUUUGGUGCAUUACCGCUCUGGUGGGCUUCGUGUCAAUCCAAAUUUAUAUGAGUCUGGAAAGGUGUGCCUUAGUCUCCUCAAUACAUGGACAGGCACAGGCACUGAAGUGUGGAAUCCAGAGAGCUCAAGUGUUCUGCAAGUUCUUCUCUCCCUGCAGGCCCUUGUGCUUAAUGAAAAACCUUAUUUCAAUGAGGCUGGGUAUGAUAAACUGAUAGGAAGAGCUGAGGGAGAGAAAAACUCAGUGAGCUAUAAUGAGAACGCAUUCCUCAUGACCUGGAAGUCCAUGCUUUAUUUACUUCGCCAGCCACCAAAGCAUUUUGAGGCACUCGUGGAGGAGCACUUGAGGCAACGAUCUCAAUAUAUUCUAUCAGCUUAUAAAGCAUAUAUGGAAGGAGCUCCAGUAGCAUACCCUUUUGGUGGUGGACAGAUUGAGAAUGAAAGUCAAAAGGGCAGUUCUACAGGGUUCAAAAUCAUGCUUGCUAAGCUCUUCCCAAAACUUGUGGAGGCAUUUUCUGCUAAAGGAAUUGAUUGCAGCCAAUUCACAGAGCUAGAGCAGUGAAUGUGCAUACCAAGACAUUUGCACCAUAUGCAUAAAUCUGUAUCAUGUCAACAUGUCCUUGGUGAAGGAUAGUCUUCUGUGGUUUUUUUUUUUUUUUUUUUUUUUUUUUUUAAUGAUGGCAUUCUGUGAAAUAUCUGUGCUAUUUGUGUGUAAAAGACAAAGAAAAAAGAAAAAAAAAGGGAGGAGUUCAAAGGGAAAAUAUGAAAAUCAUUCCUGGUGUUGUAUUAUUAUGUAUUAUAACAGAACUAUAUUAUAGGUUGCAUAUAAUGAAGAAAAAAGUUGGGACUGGUGUGCUAAAA